AUGUCAGGCACAGCUAUCGACUCUGCAGUCGAAUAUCGCGGUCUGGUUCGAGAUUUAUUGGCGAGAGCAACAGAGGUUAAGAAAAGUCACGGUGUCGAACCGCCUAUCACAGAAGCGAAUCUCGGCGAUCUGGCGGCGCGCGUGCUUCUGAAGAACGGUGACGCCCUGUCGGAAUCAAACAAACAACUUAAUUAUGCCGCGGUUGAGACUGCAUUUCGAGAAAAGUUCUACGAGUUGCUGGCCUCAACCUCGAUAGACGAUCCUGCUUUUGUCAACAUUUGGAAUCUUCUCGAUAUCGUCUCGAUUUUCUCGGAUAAUGAACAAUGCGAAGCGGGCUUGAUCUUCUGGCUUAUCGAAGAACUUCUUGACAGUCAAACAGUCGAUGGGUGUCGCAAAGUUUUUGACUACCUGGAGUCGCGCAGGGAGAUCAAUACGGCAAAACACUUCGAAUCAAAGAAACUGAUUAUUCUACGAUCGUGUAACGAGCUACUUCGCCGGCUUUCGAGAGCAGAAGAUACCGUUUUUUGCGGCCGGGUAUUUAUCUAUAUGUUUCAGAGCUUUCCGCUCGGAGAUAAAAGUUCAGUCAAUCUUCGAGGAGAGUUUCAUACUGAAAAUGUUACUACAUUCGACGAUAUUGUUGAGAAAUCUCAAGAUGUUGUCAUGGAGAACGGGCCCACCGAAGCAAAAGGCGAGGGAGCGGAAGAGGGUUCUCAAAUUGCACAGGGUGAUAAGAUAGAUGAGAACGAAGCUGCUCAAUCUACGAAGGGUGCAACUCCCAAACCGGCGGAUGCUGGUGUUAAUGGACAAAAGGAGGGCGAAAAUUCCAAAACAGUUGAUCUGAAUGCGCUCUAUCCCAUCUUCUGGGGACUGCAGGCCUUCUUCUCAGCACCAACCAGGCUAUUUGAUGCCCAGAACUUUGCAUCAUUUCGUUCGGGUCUAGAGACAACACUAUCUACCUUCAAGUUGAUGAAUACGGAUAUCGACACAUGGAGCACUACAAAGGCUCCAGACGAGCUUCGUAGGGGACUGAAGCGCAAGCGCAAUGACGAGGGAGUGGACAUCUCAAGCAGCUUCAACCCCAAAUAUCUAACGAGUCGCGAGCUUUUUGACUUGGAGGUUAAUGAUAUUGCAUUUCGACGCCAUGUUCUAGUUCAGGCAUUGAUCCUGCUAGAUUUUGUUCUAUCUCUGACAACGCAAGCACGUCAAAGGCUUAUGAAAUUAGUGCAGCCCGGAAAGGCUCUAAACAAGACAGUGCUCUACCAAUACACUGUCAGUGAGGAGGAUGCCAAAUGGGCAGCGCAGACCCGAGACAUCGUUGCAGAUUACUUACAACAAGGAAUUGACGGGAAAUUUUACUACCGAAUGGUUGAUACCGUUCUUUCUCGGGAUAAGAACUGGGUACGCUGGAAGGUCGAGAAUUGUCCACCCAUUGAAAAACCAGCGAUUGAAACGGACGCCUAUUUCCAGGCCCGGACGAACGCACUCAAGGUGUAUUCCAGCAAGCGUUUGAGACCCUCACCUAUGGGCUCGCUUGAUCUCACAUUUUUGUCCGAAGGAGACAGUACUUCUAGCCUGGAACAAUUGAAAGACCCAGAUCGAUAUAGCACCCCUGCUCCCGAUUCGUUCAUGAUGGGAAUCGUGGAUGAUGAGUUUGAUAUUGAUAUGGCCAAAGAAAAGGAUGAGAAGGAAGCUGCAGAACGAGCGAAGGCGAGCAAAUUAUGGCGAACACUACGCUUAACCUCGAGAAGCAAGCUUUUUGAGUUUGAGAAAAUCGAGGAUGGGAAGAAAAUCAAUCUACUGUUCGAGAAGACAACGGAAGAGCCAAAGGAAGAAUCUAAGGAGCUCUCGUCAGAAGAGCAAAAGAAGACAGAUAAUCCCGGAGAUGCCAAAAACGAGCAGCCGCCUACGCCGUCCGAGACACAGGCGCAACAGGCUGAUGGUGCUACGGCGACGUAA